AUGGUCAUGGUCAUGGUCAUCAUCAUCACUCCCAUCAUCAUGGUCAUGGUCAUCAUGGUCAUGGUCAUCAUCAUCAUCAUCAUAUGUUCGGAUCGGCUCGACCGUAGGCUCGUCUGGCUCGGCUGUGGCGGCGACGAGACCGUGCCAAAAACGACGACGACCGAGGCCAUGUCACCGCGACCGACUCAGCCCAUCCCAGACUUAUCUACGACGCCCAUGGCGCAUCUGACCAUUGAGAACCUCUCGCUCUCUGUUGGCUCGAGUGUUCUGUUAGACUCGGUAUCGGCCCAUGCGGCGAGUGGCCAGCGAGUGGCGCUAGUCGGUCGCAACGGGUGCGGCAAGUCGACGCUGCUGCGAGCGGUGGCCGCGGCGGUUGCUGGCGUCCCGUGUGAGCCCGAGGCACCGCCGUACUACGUCAUCGGCGCCGGAACCAUCGAUGGCGGACAGUGCGCGGCUGGAUCGGCUGUGCUGGUGGAGCAGGAUGCGCUGCAGUGGCGGACGCUGCUUGGUGCCGGCGACGAGGCUGAUCUGGUGGCCCUGCCUGUGGCCGAUGCCAUCGAGUGGGCGGCGGCCGAGGGAAGCGAGACAGCGCUGGACGAUGCUGAUGGCUGGCGCCGGGUCUGCGUCGCCGCGCACGAGGUGCUCGAGUGGCGGACGGCCGGCUACGAUGAGACUCCCAUCGCAGAGCUCUCGCCAGGCUGCGCCAUGCGGGCCUACCUCGCCAUCGCCAUCUACCGGUACGGCAUCCAGCUGCUCAUCCUUGACGAGCCAACCAACCAUCUUGACCUGCCGAGCAUCAUGUGGCUGCAAAAGGCACUGGUAGCGAGCGGCAAGACCGUGCUUGUCGUCUCGCACGACGCCGCCUUUCUCGAUGCCGUCUGCGACCACGUGUGGGCCGUCGAUGCUGACUCGGGCAGCUUGGCCGUCUCGGGCGCCUCCUACUCGGACUUUCGCCGCGCCGAGGACCUGGCUCGCGAGCAGCACAUCGCCGCCUUUGAAGCGCAGGAGAAGCGCCACAAGAAGCUCACCGCCGCUGCCGACAAGCUGAAGCAGGCUGCCGCGUCGGGACAGCGGUUUGCCGGCAAGGACAAGGACAAGCUGCAGCGCGACUUUAAGCGCGAUCGCGCCGGCCGAUCCGGUCGCAAGGCCAAGGCUGUCGAGAAGCUCCGCGACGGCGGGGGCAAACUCGACAAACUUGUCCUCCGCUCACCGCUCUCCAUCGACAUCGAGCCGCUGGGCGCCGGUUUUGACUCGUCGCUCAUGCUCGAGGAGGCCGUCAUCGGCUACGGCGACGCCCGGCUACCGCUGCCUCCGCUCUCGCUUCGGGUGGACUUUGGCGAGCGAGUCGCCCUCGUCGGCUUCAAUGGUGUCGGCAAGUCGACCCUGCUGCGGACGCUAAUCAAGACUCAGCCGCCAGUGGAAGGCCGCGCAGUCAUCGGCCGCGAGCUGUGCAUCGGCAACUUGACCCAGGAGCACGAGAGCCUGCCGCGCCACGUCUCUCCCCGAGCACACUUUAUGGAUCUGACCGGCGAGCCGCGGACCCGGACAGGCGCUCGGCUGCUGCGGUACGGGCUGACUCGCCGACAGGUCGACUGCCCCAUCGGUGAGCUGAAUCCGGGCGCCCGUGUCCGCGCGCUGCUGGCGAGCUUCUCCAUGCGCAAGGUCAACACGCUCAUUCUCGACGAGCCAACGAACCAUCUCGACGAGGAGGCGGUAGACGAGGUCAUUGCCACCCUCAACGAGUUUGCCGGCACUGUUGUCGUCGUUUCGCACUCGCUUGCUUUUCUCCGCGCCCUCGAGCUCUCCCGCAUUCUGCGCCUCGACUCGGCCGGCCUAACCGAGGUCGGCUCGCUCGAUGCGUUCGUGGACGAGAUAGACGACGCCGCUGCCGACGUCGUCGUUGCGUGUGGGUGGACGUAG